AUGGCGGCUAACCUCGAAGGGUCAUCUCUUAAAAGGGUUGAGACUUUCAAGCGCGACCUGGAAGAGUACAGGGAAGAUGCCCAGGUGCCAACAACGAGCGCGAUAGAGAUGGCGUAUGACGAAAAGUUCCGCAACCGAGUUCUCUGGAAGAUCGACCUCCAUCUCCUGCCAAUGCUGGGCGCAUUAUACACCAUUGCAGUGGUGGACAGGUCAAAUAUCAGUGUCGCCAGGAUCAGUGGGCUCGAUGAGGAUGUCGGCCUGGAUGCGGGUAACAAUGCCUCCAUUGCCCUUCUGGUCUUCUUUAUCGGCUAUAUCAUCUUUGAGCUGCCUUCGAAUAUGCUCAUCCACCGUGUCGGUGCGGCAAAUUGGCUUGCCGGGAUCGCGCUGGCUUGGGGCCUCGUGUCCCUCGGUAUCGGCUUUUUGCAGAACUGGAUUGGACUCGCAAUUUGCAGAGCCAUUCUUGGUGUUUUGGAGGCUGGUUUCUUUCCUGGAUCACCCCGACCAAACCGAGAUCAUGGCUUGGCCCGGGCUGACCUCCGAGUGCUAUAUAAUAGAUGUGUGUACCUCGUCUCGUCCUGGUACCGACGCUACGAGGUUCAAAAGCGACUUGCUGGGUUCUGGUUAACAGCAACCACCCUCACCGCGUUUGCCAAUAUCCUUGCAUACGGCCUGAUUCAGAUUGCUCACCACACCACCUACAAAGGGUGGAGAUGGAUCUUCAUCAUCGAAGGGGCUUUUACUUGCGUCUUGGCAAUCCUGUCCUGGUUCGUCAUCGUCGAGUUUCCCGAUUCCGAUCGCAACAAAUUUCUGUCGCCCGAGGAGAAGGCUUUUGUACAGGCCCGCCUCGCAGAGGACCGUGGCGUCGAGGAGCGCGAAAAGGUAACCUGGCAGGUCAUCUACCGAACGACAAUCGACUGGCAGGUCUGGGCAUAUUCCUUGAUGUACAUGGCCGGUGCGGUGGGGUACUACGCGUUCUCAUUCUUCUUGCCCAUCAUUCUCCGGAAGAGUCUGGGGUACUCGCUAGCCUUGUCGUUCAUUCUCUCGGCGCCGCCGGCCCUGUUUGCGGCCGUUGAGGCGUACCUGGUCUCUUAUGUGGCCGACAAGACCAAGAAAAGAGGCAUCUUCGUCGUCUUCCAGGGUCUCAUGGGCAUCGUUGGGCUCUGCAUGACUGGCUUCCUCAAACAUCCAACACCGCGGUACGUUGGGACGUUUCUCGGAAUCGCCGGGACCAGCGGGCUCGUGGUGACCACGCUAGCCUGGCAAGCCAACAACAUCCGGGGCGAUGCUAAACGAGCCGUGGCAACAGCGGUUCUGAUCUCAAUGUCCGGAGUCGGUGGGAUUUACUCAUCGCUGGUGUUCCGUCAGCGCGAUGCUCCCAAUUAUCUGCCCGGAAUUAUUGCCGUCAUGGCCAUCUGCUGCGCGGCCGUGGCCACCGCUUGCGUGUCUAUCGUGGUUCUGAGCUGGUACAACAAGAAAGCCGACGAGGGUGCGCGAAUCAACGAGAAUCUCGAGGGUUUUAGGUACACGAUUUGA